CUGAUUCACUCACUCCCAGAUUAUCUUGCCAUACAAGGUUCUGCCACGCCAUCAGAAUGGGCCUUUUCAAGUGGCAGCAUCACAGAUCAGAGUCAACACAACCAGCUCACACCUGAUAUCUUCGAGGCACUCCAAUUGUUGAAGAGUGCUUAUCACAAC